ACGUUCUAUCCAUCUACCAUCAUCUUUUCCCCCACUCUUGCACAAGUGCAUCAAUGCCCGUCCGUAGACGCAAUCACACUUGCGUACCCACCAAUCGAGUGUUCCCCCAUUCUGGUCCUAAACCACACCAUGUCCUCGGGAUGCCAGACUAGCCCGAUAAGCGCCAAUGCCAUGGCGUCGCGCAUCGGUCCAGUAAUCAUCAGCUAGCCAGCUGUCACGCGUAUGGGUCGCGAUAGGUGGGCGAAGAUGGUGGUACGUGAUGCCAUUCAAGUAGUGACUGUGUACUUGAAAUGUUUACACUGUUGAUGGACGACAAACCGCUACACUAGCAUUUGCUUUUUUCUCUCCGUCAUUAACUGUGAGGUUUGCUUUCUUUCUCAGACAGCAUCAUACUCGUGACAUCAUGACCGGCGUUAAACCUGAGGUUAUUCAGAAGCAACAUAGGGAUGAGUCCAGUAGGCUCGAUGUCAUCAUUGUUGGCGCCGGCUUAGGUGGUCUUGGGGCUGCCAUAUCAAUUCUCCUCGCCGGUCACAACGUUCACAUCCUCGAAUCUACCCCCGAGAUAGGCGAAAUCGGCGCUGGGAUCCAAUGUUUACCCAACUCCUCGCGCGUCCUCAUAUCUUGGGGUCUAGAAGAAUACCUCUCGAAACAUGCUACUUCGCCACGGCUGUGCAACAUGAUCGGCUGGAAGGGCAACAAGAUAAGCGAUAUGGAUUUCCAUGAAUAUGAAAAGGAGUGUGGUACACCCUUCUGGGAUUUCCAUAGAGCAAAUCUGCACAUGGGGCUACUGGAGCGGGCUGUGGAGCUUGGUGCUAAGCUCACUACAAAAGCGCGAGUGGUAGACAUCGAAUAUGAAGAUGAUGUUAGCGGCAACGCUGCGAGUGCCAUCGCCAUUUGCCAGGACGGGACAAGAUACAAGGCCGACUUGGUAGUCGGUGCCGAUGGCAUCAACUCCAAGUGUAGGGAGAUAUUACUAGGCCAUGAAGACCCACCCCUGCUCACUGGCGAUCUGGCUUACCGAUUGUUACUCAAUACAGAAGAUAUGUUGAAGGACCCUGACCUCAGGGGCUUCGUAGAAGACCCGCAGGUCAACUACUGGAUAGGUCCAGAUGCACACGCUGUCAACUACGUCCUCCGUGGUGGCAAGCUGUUCAACAUGGUGCUAUUAGUACCAGACGAUAUGCCUGCUGGCGCAAAUACAUUGGCUGGAAAUGUUGAAGAAAUGCGUGCUCUGUACAAAGACUGGGAUCCGCGGAUCCCAAAGUUGCUGGCACUUUGCCAGUCGGUAGCCAAGUGGCGUUUGAUGAUCCGACCAGGCCUCGAUCCCACAUGGUCUCACGAAACUGGAGCAUACACAAUACUCGGCGACGCUGCGCAUGCCACUCUCCCAUAUCUUGCGUCAGGUGCUGGCAUGUCGUUGGAAGACGGACACGUCCUCGGUCUAUGUCUAGGCAGGAUAAGGAGCAAAUCUACGGCCGAAAAGAAGCGUGCAUUAGCGGUCUAUGAGCGCUGUCGUCGUGAGCGCACAGAGCGCGUCGUUUCACGUGGUAAUCGUCAACAGUACCUCUACCACGUCCACGACGGUCCUGUGCAGCAAGAUCGUGAUCGCAUGCUUCGCGCUUUUGGUGAAUAUAAUGGCAAGGGGAGGGUGACCCAAGAGCAGUACGAGGAGAAGGGACUGAACGUGGGCGACGAUCCUUUAGCAUGGAGAUGGGGUGGUGUCGGAAGCUGGCUCAUUACAUAUGUCUGUGAAGAGGAUGUUGAGGUUCGGUGGAGGGAGUAUGAAAACGAGAGGAGAACCGAAGCUCGAGGAAGCGGUGAGUUAAGGGCUGUAUUGUAGAGUAUUCUGAAAAUGAAUGGGUUGCUCGAAGCCUCCAGCUUCGCAGACGGAGUU